AGUCACCUCUGAUUCCACCCUUUCAUUUCUCUAUUUAUUAUUUUUCGUAAUCUAAUUUUUCUCUUUGGGGCUUCAUUCUGAAUUAAUUUACGGAAAAGCUCUCUCCAUCUUUAUUGUUUUCUACGAAUUGUUGAUCGGUUUCGACAAUUUUCAAGGGUUAGGGUUUCGAACUACUAUCUUUACGAUCUGUUUUGUUUUUCUACGUUUUUUCUCUUUUUCGAUUCUUAUAUAAGAAAUUGAAGGAGCCUCCCGGACUAGGGAGGAGAGACUAUGGGCGGUGAUGGAGUUGCCGGCGAUGCUAGCGAAUCGAACGCCGGCGGUGGAGUCACCGUUCACGUCCGAUGCUCCAACGGUUCGAAGUUCUCUGUGCAGAUUAGCCUCGAAUCGACCGUCAGAGCAUUCAAAGCCGUUCUCUCGCAGAACUGCGAUAUUCCCGCGGAGCAGCAGCGAUUGAUUUACAAGGGACGGAUCUUGAAGGACGACCAAACCCUAGAGAGCUACGGCCUGGAGGCAGAUCACACUGUCCACUUGGUUCGUGGUUUUGCCCCACCUGCACCAGCUGACAAGGCUGGUCCAGCCGAUUCAGGGCGUCCAAAUACUACUCCUCCAAGUAUUCCUAUGGAUGCUGGUUUGAAUGAAGGUGGGGCAUUAGGAGGUUCUGGUUUUGGAGCUUCCCUCUUUCCUGGGCUUGGUAUCAAUGGUUUAGGUGGCACUGGAGGUUUAUUUGGGGCUGGACUUCCAGAGUUUGAGCAAAUGCAGCAACAGUUGACUCAAAACCCCAGCAUGAUGAGAGAAAUAAUGAACAUGCCUGUUGUUCAGAACUUGAUGAAUAAUCCCGACAUAAUGCAUAACUUAAUUAUGAGCAAUCCUCAAAUGCGUGAAAUAAUUGAUCGAAAUCCUGAGCUAGCACACAUACUUAAUGAUCCUAGUACUCUCCGUCAGACCUUAGAAGCUGCAAGAAACCCUGAACUCAUGCGUGAGAUGAUGCGUAAUACUGACAGAGCAAUGAGCAACAUUGAAUCAUCCCCUGAGGGAUUCAACAUGCUCAGGCGCAUGUAUGAAACUGUUCAAGAGCCAUUUCUGAAUGCAACUACAAUGUCUGGGGACAGUGGAAGUGAUUUAGGAUCGAACCCUUUUGCAGCUCUUUUAGGGACCCAAGGUGGGGUUCAGGCCCAUGAUCGAUCUGCUAAUCCUCCAACCGCUGGUUCUGAUACAACAAAUAAUUCUCCUGCUCCAAAUACAAACCCUCUUCCCAACCCUUGGACCCCAGGUGGUGGUGGUGGUGGUGGUGCUGGAGGUGCCCAAACAAACACCACUACAAGGUCAAAUCCUGUGGGUGAUGCUAGGACUCCAACACCCAGUGGAUUGGGUGGACUUGGUCUCCCAGAGCUUGAGAGCAUGUUUGGCUCCAUGCCAGAUACUAAUUCACUGAAUCAGAUUAUGCAAAAUCCUGCUAUAUCACAGAUGAUGCAGAGCCUCCUUUCCAGUCCUCAGUAUAUGAACCAGAUACUUGGUCUCAAUCCCCAGUUGCGUAGCGUUCUUGAUUCCAAUCCUCAACUAAGAGAAAUGAUGCAAAAUCCAGAAUUUCUUCGUCAGUUGACUUCACCAGAGACAAUGCAGCAAUUUUUGACUUUACAGCAAUCUCUUCUGUCUCAGCUUGGUCGCCAACAAUCAAGCCAGGAAUCAGGUCAGACUGGUGGUGGCACAGGAGGAAUGCUUAACAAUAUGGGGUUAGAGAUGUUGAUGAACAUGUUUGGUGGACUCGGGGCUGGCAGUAUGAAUAUUCCCAGCAGAUCUGAUGGUUAUUGCUCUCUUUCUCUCUCUCACAUGUGUUUAUUUACUAAUUAUUCUGAUUCUCAACCUGUGUUCCAUUUUGUUCUUCCAGUACCACCGGAACAAUUGUAUGCUACUCAGCUGUCGCAGCUUCAAGAAAUGGGUUUCUUUGACACACAGGAGAAUAUACGGGCUCUGACUGCCACUGCAGGGAAUGUCCAUGCUGCAGUGGAGCGGCUAUUGGGGAACCCUGGUCAGUAGGAUAUGAUUUACUGAGUUUCUAAUAUGUGGAUUGAUGAGAGUGGUCUGUUUGGACCUGAGGCAUAUUGAAAUCCCGUUUUGGGUAUGAAUAAGUACAAAUUAAGAUAGUAAGAGUUAUGAACUUGAUGUAGGCUAUUAUGAUAAUUCAACUAUAAUCUCUCUUCCCCCACCCUUACCCCACUCCAUACCCAUUUUUCCAUUUUUUUUCCCCUGUUUUGAAAGAUCCGAGUGGCUUGUACAUACACCAUAUUAAAUAUUCGUCUUUUGAAUUGUUUGCCUCAUUUAUCAACAUUGGUACUUGUACUGGGUACCGAUUUUAAGUA